AUGACAGAUCCGGAUCCAAUCGUGCCUGGGCCAAGUGCUUCCUCUGAAGGAAAUAGCGGAACAUCGGCGUUCAUAUCUAACGUGCCAUUACCCCCACGAUUAAGCUUAGAAGGAAAUUUGGCAGAGAAUUGGAAGCAAUGGAAGCAAAUUUAUGAUGCGUACGAAACUGUUACGAAUUUGAAGUCUAAACCAGACAAUUUUCGAGUGGCUGCUUUUAUCACUUGCAUAGGACCGGAAGCUCUUCGAAUACACAAUUCACUUCCGUACCAGGAGGAGGGCGAACGUCAAAACAUUGAGCGAAUCUUCGAAUUAUGGAAUACUUACUGUAUUGGAGAAACAAAUGUAAUUUACGAACGGUAUAAAUUCAAUAAUUGUACACAGGGCCCUACAGAGUCAAUUGAAACUUAUGCGGCUUCUUUGCGUGCCCUCGCAGCCACAUGUGCAUUUGGACCACUUAAUGAUGAGCUGAUACGUGACCGAAUUGUUUGUGGCAUUCACAACAAUGCUGUUCGACGUAAGUUACUGCAAGAACCAAAACUCUCAUUAUCUAAAUGCAUUGACUUAUGCAGGGUCACAGAAACAACUACUGCUCAAGCAAAAAUAAUGGCUGGCCAGGAUGAUAAUCAUGACCUCAUGGCCCAUUAUGUUGGAAAGCAAAGCAGCCCAAGGAAGACCACUGGAGACACAAGAGGUUUUAUUUCCGACUGCAAAUUUUGUGGGCGUAGCCAUAAAAGAAACAAAGAGAGUUGCCCAGCCUUUGGCAAAUAUUGUUCUGGUUGUGGCAAGAGAAACCAUUUUGUUGAGAAGUGCAGCUUGAAGACAUCACUAGGUAUGAGAGAUACAUUUUCUAAAGCCAAAAUACAUGCAGUGAAGGAAGAAAACACUUCAAGUGAUGAUGAAAUUCUCAUUGUUGAAAUUUCACCCAAAAAUAAUCUGGCAAUCAAUGCUGUGUCCCAGUCCCCUCCUAAGAACAAAAUUUUUGCCUCCAUGAUUAUAAAAGGCAGGCAAAUUAGUUUUCAAAUUGACUCAGGUGCUACCUGUAAUGUCCUUCCAGAACACUUCGUUCCUCCAGGCACAAAAGUUGAAAAAUCGGAUCACUCUUUGCGCCUGUACAGCCAAGCCUUAUUACCGAUAAAUGGUAUUUGUAAACUUAAGGUAGUAAACCCAAAGAUCCAGACUGAGUACACUGUCAGAUUUGUUGUUGUAAAAUGUGACUAUGUGCCAUUAUUAGGAGCUAAUGCAGCACAAAAGAUGGGACUUCUGACUGUUAAUUAUGCUAAUAUCUUUAACGCAAAUGUAGAUAAUGUUAGCUCUAACAGUAUUGCUUCAAACAGCACACAUCAACAGGCACAACCAACGGUUGUCAUGGAAACAGUUUUAUCGACCACUGCAGUGGCUCCACUCAGUAUUGCAGAUAUAGAGAACCGUUUUGGAGAUGUCUUUGAAGGUCUGGGUCACAUGCCAGGCAAAUUGCACUUAGAUGUUGAUGAGUCACAAACCCCUGUUGUCAUGCCGCCUCGCAGAGUACCAAUCGCUGUUAAGGUUACGGCUGAAUUGGAAAGGCUGGAAAAUCUUCAUGUCAUUCAGAAAGUUACAAGUCCAACAGAUUGGGUAUCAAAUCUCGUCAUUGCAGAAAAACCAAAUGGGAAACUGAGGGUGUGCAUCGAUCCACAACACAUCAACAAAGCAUUGAAAAGAAGUCAUUAUCCGUUACCGCUCAUUGAGGAUGUGCUACCAGAGCUAGAUGGUGUCAAGACACCAUGGGGGCGUUGGAGGUACCUCAGGAUGCCAUUUGGAAUUAAACCAGCUUCAGAACAUUUUCAACACAAAUUUGAUCAGUGCAUUGAAGGCCUAUCUGGAGUGUAUGCAGUCGCUGACGAUGCUCUUGUUACCGGAAGAGGAGAAACUUACGAAGAAGCUGUCAAAAAUCAUGACAUGAACAUGCUGGCACUUUUGAAACGUUGUCAACAAAAAAACAUCAAGCUGAACAAGGACAAAUUCAAGUUCAAGUGCGAUGAAGUUUCCUUCAUUGGUGAUACCCUAACACAGAAUGGUCUAAAUAUAGACCCCGCAAAAGUUGAAGCCAUCACAAAGAUGAGCAAGCCGGAAGGUGUCGCUGGUGUACAAAGGUUCAUUGGCAUGACGGAUCACAAACCACUUGUCUCAAUCGUCAGAAAACCACUCGCUACUGCUCCAAAGAGACUGCAAAGGUUGCUACUAAGAUUGCAAUCAUACGAUGUUAAAAUCUGCUAUAAACCUGGCAAAGAAAUUGUUCUAGCAGACACACUCUCUCGUGCAUACCUGCCGACAAAUGAGAGACAAAAGUCCGCAACUGAAGAAGAAGUCGAAACUAUCCACAUGUCAAAUUAUCUCCCCAUCUCUGAGCCACUGCUGAAGGAAAUACAGCGAGAAACCAAAUGUGACAGCACUUUACAAGCACUGAAAGAAAUAAUUUUGAAUGGGUGGCCAGAAAGAAAAGAGACCCUUCCUCGAUGUAUUCAUCCAUACUUCUCAAUCAGAGACGAGCUAGCAACACGGGAUGACGUAAUAUUCAAGGGUCAGAGAGCAGUUGUUCCAGAAACACUGCGCAAAAAGAUCCGGGAUAAACUGCAUUUAAUACACACAGGAAUACAGAGCUGCCUCAGAAGAGCCAGAGAAGCAGUUUACUGGCCUGGCAUGAACAAAGAUCUUAUCGACUUCAUCUCAAAAUGUGAAAUCUGUAAAACAUUUCAAAACAACCAGACCAGAGAGUCCCUUAUUCCUCGUGAAAUCCCAAGCCGCCCCUGGCAAAUAAUUGCUGCUGUCAUUUUCACAGUCAACAACAAAGACUUCCUCUGUACUGUGGAUUGCUACUCCAACUAUUUGAGAUAG